AUGCCAGGCUACAACCACCCUUCACUGGCAGCCAUUGCGCCUUUUCUAGAACCCACCGCUGCGGGGCCUUCAACAAGGUGGGCCGCUCGCACUGCCAAACGACUGAAAUGUACCGUUGCGGUCGGCUAUCCUGAAGCAGCUGAGGAAGGAAACUACAACACUAUCUUCGACAAACACAUCACGGCCGAAGCUGGUGCCGUCGCUUACAACUCACUGGUGUUUGUCAGUGCUAGUGGAGAUGUCGUUGCCCACUAUCGAAAGUCUUUCCUCUACUACACUGAUGAGACCUGGGCCCAGGAAGGCUCCGGUUUUUGGGCCGGUGUGUUACCAAUAGGAGGGAAGGGUCAGCAGGUCAAGGCUGCCGCGGGAAUAUGCAUGGAUGUUAACCCAUACAAGUUCGAGGCACCUUGGACAGCCUACGAAUUUGGUAAUCACGCGCGGGAAUCCCGUGCAAAGAUUGUCGUCAUCAGCAUGGCGUGGCUCACGAGGCUGAGUGCCGAAGAGCUGUCCAGUCAAGUGAUGAGUCCGGACGAAGACACCGUCAGCUAUUGGGUCGACAGACUCAGCCCGUUGUUCGGUCCGCAAGGGGCCGAUCCCGAAACCAUUGUUGUUUGCGCCAACCGCACUGGUGAAGAAGGUGUGAGUCCACGAAUUGGCGAGGUAAGGUACGCCGGCAGCAGUUGUAUCAUGGGUGUGCAGAAGGGAAAUUCGGUCAGGAUAUGGGAUAUCUUUGGCAGAGCACAAGAGGGUGUUCUCCUGGUGAAUACCACUGGUCCCGCAAAGUACACGAUCAAGCUGGGGGUAAAGCCUGAGCAGGAGGACUCGGCCGCGGAGAACCCUACGGACUGA